UUCAGUGCAACACACUCUCAAUUAUAGCUCCCCAAUUAGUACUCUUCCCAGAUUUCCCAAAUCCAGAACAAAAAGACCCUAAAAACCAAACCCUCCACCAAUAUAUACACACUAUCAACCUGAGGCUUCCAGCAAGAAGCUGCUGCUGCAGGUGAUAUUAACUCAUGGCUGGUAAUGAAGAGAACGGCGCCUGGGUGGCGGAGGCGGCGGCGACGACAGAGGCUUCAGGGAAAUCUUUCGGUAAGAAAUGCAGUCAUGUGGCGAAGAAGCAGCGGGCCAAGUUCUACAUUCUCCGCCGUUGCAUAGCUAUGCUUGUGUGUUGGCAUGAGCGGAACGACACUUGAGGGACAGGGCGAAGACGGUGUAUUUAUUGAUUUUCGAAGAGUAUUUUGUUGUUACAUAUAUAUAUGUUUCAUGGAUAUUGUAGUAAAUCAUUAAUUGUUAGGUGAAAGUUCUUGUGGUAAAUUAAUUUUAAAAUUAUAUUUAUUGCAUGAACUUCUACAAUCGAUUUGGGGUUUUCGGUCUCGAAAUUUUUUCAUGACUUCACUUCUGAGUUAGGGUAAGUUCUGAAAUUUUGUAGCAUGCAUAGCUUACUUUUUCGGUU